AUGGUACGCUGUGACGUUUGUCGCACGGAUGUGCCGGAUGGGGUGGAUGCGCUCGAGAUUCACAAGAAUGGCAAGAAACACGUACGUGCCCAAGCCACCCUGGACUCGGCCGUGGCUUUGGCUGCUUCCAGCGUCUUCGUCAGGGACACAGACAAGAAGCCUCUCGAUAUCCAGGGCCUCAAGGAGCUGUUCGCCCAGCGUGGAAAAAUCCUGCGCGUCCUCUGGAAGUCGGACGCCCCAGAUCAUGCCGUAUUCGAGUUCGAAGACGCCACGGUGGCCAACGCCAUUCUCGACGGCAAAGAAGUGAAAUUUGGGGAGGCCACCCUUUCGAUCGCGCCCCGGAAGAUAAAUUUCAAAGACGUGGCGCCGGAGCCAGUGCCGCUGGAUUGUGCGGCUGUUCUUGAAGAUGUUCUUCUGCUCGGCGCUUUUGAUGAACAACUUGAUCACUCGAUUCUGAAAACGGGUUUAUCGUCCGAGGAUAUCGAAAAACGGCAGCAGAUCUGCUUGCGCCUGCAGACCGAGCUAUCCAAAUAUUUUGUGCGCUGCGAGGUGCGCCUAUUUGGUUCUUCGAUCACUGAUCUCGGCAUCCUGUCCUCGGAUAUGGAUGCAACGAUCCUCUUUCCGGAGCACGACAUCCCCAACUGGGAGGAGGACCGGAACAAGGAAACCCUGCUGACUUCCGAUGGUUCCGUAUACAUCCGUCAUCGUAUCAAUCAUCGAGAAUUACACAAAUUGUCCGUGCAAGGU